UUUCAAUUUUACCAUUACUUGUAGGAUUGUAAGAGGGCGAAGACUAGAAACUAGAAAGCACUUUGAUGCGAGUUCUAAUUCCCCUUUUUUAACAGUUGCGCAAGCUGCUACAGCAUAGUUGUGAAGAACCUCCUCUUUAAACAUAAUUCAGAUUCAUAACCCACCCGUUCUCUCUCUCUCUCUCUCGCGCGCGCGCUCAAAAGAUAAACAAACAGAUUUGCUUCUCUCUUGCCGAUGAUGUUUUUGCAAAUUUGCCUUACAUGUGAAAAGUGACUGGAUAAGGGGAUGGGCACAAAGCUUGAUGUAGCAUCUGCUGCCGAAAGUCCCAAGAUGUCUGCAGCACCUUCUAGUGGCCAAAAGCUCUCUUUAUUUGCUGCAAAAUCUGGUUUUGUCAUCCCCAAAAACAAAUUAUCAGGUUCAUUGGUUCCUGUUUUCCGAGGGACUAAAAAGGAUGGGGUCACUGGAGCUAUCAAUGAAGAAACAUCAAAACAAAUUGUGAGGAAAACAAAAUGGGGACCUGAUCUGGCACAGGAUGCAGCUGUGAAGAAGGCAAAGGCUUUAGCUUUACAGAUUCGAGUAGAUCAAAUUACAAAGCAAUUGGACUCAGAAAGACUGGAGGUCGGGAGUCCUCAGAACUCACCACUACGGGCACAAUAUCGAGAUCAAAGCAACUAUGACCCAGCAAUUAAUAGCAAGAAGUCAGAAAUGCUCGAAUUUGAAAAGCGGGAAGCAAUAGGUGAAAUACUAAAACUAGAUCCUAAUUACAAGCCUCCUCCUGGUUUUAAGCCGUUGUUGAAAGAGGCCAGCAUUUCUUUGCCUUUGUAUAUAACUCAUAUCAAAGAACACAAUGAUUGCUCAUGUGCAAUGCCAUUAUUACAGGUCCUAGAGUAUCCUGGGUACAAUUUUAUUGGUCUUAUAUAUGGGCCUGAAGGUGAUAAUCAAAAGCAACUCGAAAAGGAAACUGGUGCCAAGAUUAAAUUACAUGGAACCAAAGCAGACACUGGAGAGAAAGGUGAAAUUAAGCCAGGAACUGAUAUCACAUGCAGUUACAAAGAGAUGUAUGUCAAUAUAUCAGCUGAUAGUUUUGAUAAAGUGGAUGCAGCAGUGUCCAUCAUUGAACUACUAAUUUCCUCUGUAGCUGGGAAUUUAGUUUCUGGUUCCACACCCUCUGUAUCUGGGGAUGGCACUAAUGUUCUGAGUCAAACCCAAGAUGGGCUACCUUCUGGUCCAGUCUCUAUGGGUCUGGAAAAUCAGGCUGCAGCACAAGCAAUAGCUGGCACACAAAUUCAUGGAAAUCACCUUCAAUACUCCAGUCCAUGGUUUUCGGCAGUUCCGUCUCAUAACCCUGUAAUUGCUUCUGAUAAUAUGCCCCCACAAAAUCCAUCAGAUCUUGCUAGAACUCCCAAUUUUCAGUCACAAACAAUGAAUCCUUCAAACAUGCCUUCAGCCUUUGGUUUUCAACCUGUACCUUUUGCUGGAUUCCACCUGGCUAUUCCAAAUCAACAAUCUUCUGUGCAAGGACUACCUCCUAGGCAGAUUUUACAGCAUUCACAGAUGACAAGUUCCCUGGGUCACGUUGGACCCCCAAGAAAUCCAUCAAUGAUAUCUGUACAAAAUUGUUCCGCUCCUACAAAUGUUUCAAUGUCAUUUCCGGUUACUUUAAGCCAAUCAGCACAAGUAGGACAACUCCAGACAUCAGGGUCUUCAAUGCCUCAGCCUCUAUCUGGUAUGUCACCUUUAACGGUACCUAACCGCCCAUUUAUCCCUCCCAACAACACUUCUGGACAGAAUGGAGUCACUAUUAAAAUGUCUUCAGAUCUGAACAGUAUGGGGCCAAUGGCUCCACCCCCAAGGCCUCUAUCUGUACAUCCACAACCUGAUGUUGCGUUUAGGCCACUACAAUCAAAUAUGUCAAUGAUGCCUCGACCUGCUGCUUUUCCACCACAGCAAUCAGGAACUUCCCCUGGACUGCCAUCAUCUUUGGGAGCAAUGGUUCCCCCAGUACCUGCAACUACUCAUUCAUCUGCAAACCAUUUAUCUCGACCUCUUUCAUUUCCUUCACCAGGAAUGGCUCCUUCAGGUCCAUUACCGCAGCAAUCAGGAACGCCUAAUUCUGCAUCUGGAGUUUCCUCUUAUCACACCCAUGUAAAGCCACCAGUCUUGAUGCCCUCAACUUCAGGAAAUUUCACUUUUCAAUCACAGCGGCCCAAUGCAGAUAGUCACGUGAUUUCCGGACCGAACAGUCAAGCUACUGUACAGGGUGGUAUAUUUGGUGCGCCUGAUAAAGCUUUUCAAGUCUUUCCAAGGACGCAAGUUCCCAACCAGAUGGAUCAAACUCAAGCUCAUGCAUCCGCUGUCCCCUUUGGCGGAAGAUCUGGUCUGGUCCCUAUUCCACCUAGACAAGCUGCAUUCCCAUAUGCUGGUCAACCUGGUCCUAGAUCUCCAGUCCCACAAAUGGGUAUGAGGAACUUAAUUUCUCCUCAAAUGCCCAAUUUUCCCACUGCUGGUGGUGUACCAAGAAGCCCGCACAUCCAGCAAAAUUAUCCUGCUCCGAGAACAUGGGCAGGUAUACCCAUGCCCCCAAAUCAUAAAUUUGGUAAUCCCUCCAUUGCUUCUGGUAAGCGGGCAUAUCCUGCAGACCAGAUUUAUGAUCCUUUUUCACCUACUUCAAUUGCACCUCCACGGCAGAAAGGUAAUCCAGGAAAAUAACACAAUUUGUUAGGGCUACAGAUUAUAUUGACAGUGAAAAUUUAGGCUGUGUUUGGGUUAUGUUUGAGACAGAAAUACAGAUACAAUAUAUCAGAAAACUUGUUUGGUUGCGAAAGAAACAACUUUUCUGUACUUGCUAAAACUGGGGACAUAAAUAUGUCUCGUUAUUUCUAUCUGAGAGUCAGUAUCCGAGCACAGCCUAAUUAGGGUGCAGUAGUUGGUGGACAGAUCUGAUGUUGAUUACAUUGGUUAGUGAAGGUAUAAUAGUCGUUAUUAAUUCCUGAGUAAGAAGAUAGAUCAAAUCUUAACAGAUUGUAACCAAUAUCAUCCUUUUUACUUUAUCAUUUCCUUCGGAUUUUUCAUAUCAACUACGUUGCACUAAAGCUCGAUUUGAUUGGCAGUAACUAAAUAUUUCAUGUGUCGUUCUUCCUUGUUUAGCAAUAUGUAAAAACAAAUCGAAACAGUCAUCUUUUUUGGUCACAUCUUAGUAACUAAAUCUGUAGUUCAAAAAUUGUCCUCAUUUAUACUUCUGGUUGCUCUUGGAAGACAGUGCACAUAUGUUUGGUUCCCCAA